GAAACAUUAAUGAAAUUUGUAAAAAAUAUAUGUUUAUGAUGUGGUUGUGUAUUUAUAAAUUACAUCUCAAGUGAUAAAAAAAUUACAAUGACGUACAAUGGGAUAUUGUAUGGACCAUCAAGAAAAAUAUUUGACAAAAUUUUCCGAUUUCUGAUUGUAAUCCAUUAGAUCGAAAUUCUCAAAAUUAAAUUACAGUCUAGCCGAAAUAUUUCAAGACAAUAAAUUAAUAAUUGAUAUUGCCAAAAAUUAUUGUUAUAAAACUAUAAAUGUUGAUGUUAAUUUUAUUGACAUAUAUAAGAUAAAUUUAUUACCAACUCAGACAGUUAUGGAUAUCGAUAAUAAAAAAAAUCAGGAUUUUUCAAAACCACAAAGUUUCAAGGUUGAAAAAGAGAGCGAUCUUAUUGGAAUGUUAUCCAAGCAAUUAUAUUUGGCGGGUGAUCAAUUACAGAGAAUGAAAAUAAUAUUAAAAAAAACCGAAGACAGAUUAAAGUCGAAAGAUCAAGAAUUUAAUCGUUUGAAAAAAAAAUUGACAGAAUGGGAAAUGAAAGAAAAAAAUCAAGAACGUAUUUUAAAAAAAGAGUCUAAGCAUAGAAAAUCACAGAUGGAGAGAUCUGACUACAUUUACAAAAGAUGUCUAGAGUUAGAAAACAAAAUUCAUGAAAUAGAGAAAUUUCUUUCAGAUUACGGACUAAUUUGGGUUGGUGGAAAAAAUUGUGCAUCAAAAAAUUCAGACCAAUUAACUUCUAAUUUUUUAAACGACUAUCUGGAUAAAGUCAUUCUAAAUAUCGAAGAAUUAAACUUAUCAGUUGGUAAAGGUGAAAUGUUUGUAUGCCGUAAUACAGGGGGCGCUUCAUUUAAGCCUCUUCCUUGCUUGACACUAAAGUUUUACAAAAACGGUAUGAUUUUACAAAAGGGUCGACUUCGCGUUUACAAUGAUCCUGCCACUCGAUCAUUUCUUAAAGACAUAUCAGACGGCUAUUUUCCGUCAGAACUGCAACAUGAUUAUCCAAAUGGUGUUCCGUUCAAGGUCGAAGAUUACAGAACAAAACAUUUUUCCGGUUAUGGAGGAAAUUAUCCAGGAUAUGGUUAUCAGUUAGGUAACAUAUCAACAUCAAGCAGUAAAAUUUAUUCCAACUCGUUAGCGAAAGAAAAAUACUCGAUAUCAGCAAAGUCAUCGGAUGUAAAGCAGCCGUACAAUUCAUCGAUUAGGCCGACCUCUAAAAUUUCUUCACGAACUAGAUUAGCGACUCCAAAUUUAUUUGAUUUCCAAACCCACAACAGUAAUUAUUCUGAAAAAAAUAUUUUAUCUAAUUCAAAUACAGAUAUAACAUUAAUAAAUGGAAAUCAAUCAAAAAAUACAUCGAAUACAUCUCCAAUGAGACCAAAGACAUCUAAUUAUUCACAUGCUAUUUCGAAAAAAGCAUCAGCACAUACAUCUAGAAGUCAUAGAUUUGAUUUACCAGAUCGAUCAUUCGUGGAGUUAUCAGCUCGCGACGAUAAGAAAUCUGGAAUUAAAUCGAGAUCCGUUAGUUUUUCGAAAGAAAGUUUUAAUGUUACACAAAACCCAAUUCCAUUUUCUGCUAAUAGUGAUCUUAAUUAUUCGAAAAGUUGUAAAUACUUGAACGGAAGCAAAUAUAGUAAACUUCGAACAUCAAGAUCGGCAACGAUGACAAAACCUGACUAUGAAAUGCCAUUAAUUCAGGAAAUAAAUAAACCAACUGAAGAUGCAGGAGAAUUAAGACUAAAAAUCAGAUCCAUGAAUGGCAGAAUAGUUUAUCUUGCGUAUGUUUCUGCUGAUAAUACAGUUGAAUAUCUUUACCAUUUGUUGGACACAGCGAUGUUACGAAAACGAAAACAUAUUUCAAGUUAUAAAAUUAUUAUCAUUGGUUUCACUUCGAGAAGACUCGAUCGUAUGGACGUUUCUUUGAAGAACUAUGGAAUUGACAAAGAUACUGUACUUCAUCUUGUAAAUGACUAAUAACCUCCAGUAAUUUAUUAAUUAUUUCCAAAUCUUCGCAAUCUUAAUACAGAACAAAUAAAUUUAUGAGAUGAUAAAAUAUAAAAAUAUGUGUAAUAAUUAGUAUAUCUAUCGCAUUAUAUUUGUACUGAAAAAUAUAUUAUGAAUAAAUUGUAAA